ACCGGCCCGCGGCGGGACGGAGGUUGAGGAAACCAUUUUGGGGCACUGGGCCGGAGCGUGCGUGCAGCCGUAAUGGGGGGGUGACAGCAGCGCUUGGAGCAGAGCGGGGUGCCGCCGGGGAUCUGUGCAUCCUGGACAGCCCAGCGGAGACGCGAUGAGCUCCUCCGCUCCGCAUGACGAGGAGAUCGGCCUCCAGCUCGCCGCAUUCGUGGAGGGAAGUGCUGUGUGCCUGCUUGUCGGGAAGUAACGCCAGCAAGGGGAAAGAAAUGAGCCGUCAGACUGCUACAGCACUACCCACGGGUACUUCAAAGUGUACACCAUCACAGAGGGUGCCUGCGCUGACAGGCACUACAGCUUCCAAUAAUGACUUGGCUAGUCUCUUUGAGUGUCCUGUGUGUUUUGACUAUGUGCUUCCACCAAUUCUUCAGUGUCAGAGUGGCCAUCUUGUUUGCAGCAACUGUCGCCCCAAACUUACGUGCUGUCCAACUUGCCGAGGCCCGCUGGGCUCCAUUCGUAACCUGGCAAUGGAGAAAGUUGCCAAUUCUGUACUAUUCCCAUGUAAAUAUGCCUCUUCUGGAUGUGAGAUAACUUUGCCACACACAGAAAAAGCAGACCAUGAGGAGCUGUGUGAGUUUAGGCCUUAUUCCUGUCCAUGUCCCGGUGCUUCCUGUAAAUGGCAAGGUUCUCUGGAUGCUGUAAUGCCACACCUGAUGCAUCAACAUAAGUCUAUUACAACACUUCAGGGAGAAGAUAUAGUCUUCCUUGCUACAGACAUUAAUCUUCCUGGUGCUGUUGACUGGGUUAUGAUGCAGUCUUGUUUUGGCUUUCAUUUCAUGUUAGUAUUGGAGAAACAGGAGAAGUAUGAUGGUCAUCAGCAGUUUUUUGCGAUUGUACAGCUCAUAGGAACCCGCAAGCAAGCAGAAAACUUUGCUUAUCGGCUGGAGUUAAAUGGUCAUAGACGGCGAUUGACUUGGGAAGCAACUCCUCGAUCUAUCCAUGAGGGAAUUUCAACAGCCAUUAUGAAUAGUGACUGUCUAGUCUUUGACACCAGCAUUGCACAGCUCUUUGCAGAAAACGGCAAUUUAGGCAUCAAUGUAACUAUAUCCAUGUGUUGAAAUGGCAAUCCAACCUCUUGAGGCCAGUGUUUAAAUCGUUGCAUUUAAUUUAGCUGAAACUAGGGUAACCACCUUUGACUGUCGGAUGAAUUAUUUGGUAGAUGGAGGCUAGACAUACAUGAAGGUAAACAAAAGGAAAGGCUGUUAAAUUACAAGAAGCAGUUGCAUGUAGUAACACUAAUAUAUUUAAAAUAAGUCAACAGUAAACCACUGAAAAAAUAUAUACACCCAAAACGGGCAUCUUUUGUAUUAAGAAUUGAUUCUACAGAAAAUGGUGUAAAAUAAUUCUAAAAUCUUGUUUGUAGAUUGAUUGUACUGUUGAGAAGGAUACUGUUUUGUGGUUUUGUUUGUGUUUUUUUUUUUUCCUCCACCCCUUUGACUGACAAGCCAUGUUGAGUGGUCUGGUCUCUGGCCACUGCUUCCCUGCCUCCCCGUCCCCCUUUGUAAGUCACUACAUAGUAUUGCUGCUGUUUGUGUAUAUUUUUUGUGUAUUUGCUAAUUUUUAUUAACUUCUAGUUUUUCAUUAAAUAAAUAUGACUUUCUUUUCUGUAAUUCAGGUUUUUCUCUUUUUUGUAUCUUUUUAAAAAAUAAUUACCAGUGUCAUCUUUUGAUAUGCACAAUUGCUAUGGUAAAACUUCUGUUUCUGUAUGUUUGGUAACUUUUGUCUCUUUCCAGUAGUCAAUUCUUUGGUGAUGCUGUUCUUAACUGAGCUGUUCUGUGAAUGUACGGAACUCGAAAGAAGUAAUUCUGUUGAAAGAUAUAUCGGUAAAGAAUCUCCUCUAAAAACAGGUCAGGAUGUUGUUGUACUUUGAGUUAUCUUCUACCAAAAAGGAACAAUUACUAAGAAUUUUGUGAAUUACUAUUUUGUUUAAAUUCAGGCUUCAAAUUUAGAGAUGUUUAGAAACAUGAUUGCAUCCUUGUAUUUGUUGUUUGCAGUUCAAAGAAGUUGUUAUCUUAAGCAGUAUUUCAAUUACAAACCCAGAGCACUUGCUUAAAAAAAAGGCAGGCAGAAUGAGAUGAUUUCAGUCUUUUUAUGUUUGUCAUUAAGAGAAUACCUGGCAAAUUCAAAAACAAAACAACCCAACUUUUGCUUUUUGCAUUAGCUCAAAGUUUGAAACAUUGAUACUCUUGCUUAGUUUUUUUGUCUUCACGGCUUUUGAUUGUUACUAAAGGAACUGUCUUGGAGCUGACUUCUGUAUAUUAGUGACAUGACAAACGUUACAAUGCAAACAGUCUCCUACAGGUGUGACUCCCCAGACAGAAAGCCUUUUGAAGGGUACUGGGCUUUCCACAGUCCAUCUGUAUGUGAAAGAUUGAGCCAUAUAUGUGUAUGGUAUUUGUGUUGCAAGUUACAGACACACAGAAUAGACUAAGCUGAAAAGCUGUUUGAAAGAGAUCUUUGUCAAACCUGGUGGUAGUGGACAUGUGGUUGGGGAGGUAGGCUGGCUAUUAACUAUUUUUGUAACCCAUUAAAAUACAGUUUUAUUUACUGUG